GCGGAAAUCCCGUGUUUCGUGGCUGAGGAGGAAGCUCCACGUCAGAGGAGCCGUCAGAUCGGCCGGGCCUGGGUGUGGGCACGGGCUGAGGUGCUGCAGCGAUGCCUCUGAGACUUGACAUCAAGCGGAAGCUGACCGCUCGGUCUGACCGAGUGAAAAGUGUUGACUUGCACCCAAGUGAACCAUGGAUGUUAGCCAGUCUUUACAAUGGCAGUGUCUGCGUGUGGAACCAUGAAUCUCAGACUCUUGUGAAGACAUUUGAAGUUUGCGACUUGCCUGUGAGGGCAUCCAAAUUUGUGGCACGAAAGAACUGGGUCAUCACAGGAGCAGAUGAUAUGCAAAUCAGAGUCUUCAACUACAAUACACUGGAGAGAGUUCACAUGUUUGAAGCUCAUUCAGAUUACAUUCGUUGUAUUGCUGUUCACCCAACUCAACCAUACAUCUUGACCAGCAGUGAUGACAUGCUUAUUAAACUGUGGGAUUGGGAGAAGAAGUGGACCUGCACCCAGGUUUUUGAAGGGCACACUCACUAUGUUAUGCAAAUUGUCAUCAACCCAAAAGACAACAAUCAAUUUGCAAGUGCAUCCUUAGAUAGGACCAUUAAGGUGUGGCAGCUUGGGUCAUCCUCACCUAAUUUCACCUUGGAAGGCCAUGAAAAAGGAGUGAACUGCAUUGACUACUACAGCGGUGGUGAUAAGCCCUAUCUGAUUUCUGGAGCUGACGAUCGCCUAGUUAAAAUCUGGGACUACCAGAAUAAGACUUGUGUUCAGACCCUGGAGGGUCACGCUCAGAAUGUCUCUUGUGUUAGCUUCCAUCCUGAACUUCCAAUUAUCAUCACUGGAUCAGAGGAUGGUACUGUUCGUAUCUGGCACUCGAGUACUUACCGUUUGGAGAGUACUCUGAAUUAUGGGAUGGAACGAGUCUGGUGCGUGGCAAGUCUGAGGGGCUCCAACAAUGUGGCUCUUGGCUAUGAUGAAGGCAGUAUCAUCAUUAAGCUGGGACGUGAAGAACCUGCAAUGUCUAUGGACGCUAGUGGUAAAAUUAUUUGGGCCAAGCAUUCUGAAGUCCAGCAGGCUAACCUCAAAGCAAUGGGAGAUACUGAAAUAAAAGAUGGUGAAAGACUGCCACUGGCUGUGAAGGACAUGGGAAGCUGUGAGAUUUACCCACAGACAAUUCAACAUAAUCCCAAUGGAAGGUUUGUGGUAGUCUGUGGUGAUGGUGAAUACAUUAUCUACACAGCAAUGGCUUUGAGAAAUAAGAGCUUUGGAUCUGCGCAGGAGUUUGUAUGGGCACACGAUUCUUCUGAAUAUGCAAUCAGGGAAAGCAACAGUGUGGUGAAAAUAUUCAAAAACUUCAAAGAAAAGAAAUCAUUUAAGCCUGAUUUUGGAGCAGAAGGCAUCUAUGGAGGGUUCCUCCUCGGUGUCCGCUCAAUGAAUGGCUUGGCAUUUUAUGACUGGGAUACCACCGAACUCAUCCGCCGAAUUGAAAUACAGCCCAAACAUAUAUUCUGGUCAGACUCUGGUGAACUAGUGUGCAUUGCUACAGAGGAUUCCUUCUUUGUUUUGAAAUAUCUUGCUGAGAAGGUGGCUACAGCACAGGAAACACAUGAAGGAGUUACAGAAGAUGGCAUUGAAGACGCUUUUGAGGUUCUUGGUGAAAUUCAAGAAAUUGUUAAGACUGGUUUGUGGGUAGGAGACUGUUUUAUCUACACCAGCUCUGUGAACAGGCUGAACUAUUAUGUUGGUGGAGAGAUUGUCACGAUUGCCCACCUUGACAGAACUAUGUACCUCCUGGGUUAUAUCCCGAAAGAUAAUCGACUGUAUUUGGGAGAUAAAGAUUUGAACAUCGUCAGCUAUUCUUUGCUUGUCUCUGUUCUUGAGUACCAGACCGCAGUCAUGAGGAGAGACUUUUCCAUGGCCGAUAAGGUUCUGCCCACAAUUCCAAAGGAACAGAGGACAAGAGUAGCACACUUCCUUGAGAAACAGGGUUUUAAAUCACAGGCUCUUGCGGUAUCCACUGAUCCAGAGCACCGCUUUGAGCUUGCACUGCAACUUGGAGAGCUCAAGAUUGCGUAUCAAUUGGCUGUAGAAGCAGAGUCAGAGCAGAAAUGGAAGCAGUUGGCAGAGCUUGCGAUCAGUAAGUGCCAGUUUACCCUUGCUCAGGAGUGUUUACACCAUGCACAAGAUUAUGGUGGACUAUUGCUGCUGGCUACUGCCUCUGGCAAUGCUCCAAUGGUUAACAAGUUAGCAGAAGUUGUCGAAAAAGAUGGCAAGAACAAUGUUGCAUUUGUGACUUACUUCAUGCAAGGAAAGCUUGACAAUUGUUUGGAAUUGCUGAUAAAAACAGGACGUCUUCCAGAAGCUGCCUUUUUUUCCAGAACCUACUUGCCAAGUCAGGUCUCUAGGGUUGUGAAACUCUGGAGAGAGAAUCUUGCCAAAAUAAACCAAAAAGCUGCAGAAUCUCUUGCUGACCCCACAGAGUAUGAAAACCUAUUCCCAGGCCUAAAAGAAGCUUUUGUAGCUGAGCAGUAUCUGAAAGAAACCACCAAAACUGAAGAGAGGCCCGCCAGGGAGUACCCUCUUGUCACUCCAAAUGAAGAAAGGAAUGUUAUUGAAGAAUCAAAAGACUUUACACCAUCUCAUCAUGGACCAUCAGUUAAGACUUCUGAAGAUGAGCAGGAAGCAGUGGCAAAUGUGUCUACACCAGUUGCGUCAGUGAUAGCAGAUGCAAAAGCAAUAUUAGAAUCAGACCCUGCUUAUGUGGCGACUAAAGCUGGCUCAGGAGGAAUAGACAUUGAAACUAAAAAGGUAUUCCAACUUGGGCAAGAUACGAAAACUGAUUCUCUGACUGAUCUUGAUGAUGAUUUGGAUAACUUGGAGUUGGAAGACAUAGACACUUCAGACGUUAACUUGGAUGAAGAAUUCCUGGAUGAUUAAAUUGAAAACCAAGUAUAUUUAAACGUGACCAAAUUUCUAUUAAAUGAAUAUUCAACACUUGCUUUUAGAAAGAUGUUGCAAUUUAUUAUAAGUUUGGACAGAGCUGAUUGCCACUGUCUUGCUGCCCAUUCUGAAAUGCAUUUUGCACCACCCUACAAAAGGUGGCGCUGUUAUCACGCCAGUGUCUCAGUGCAUGGCUGCCAUUGAGACACCUGUAAAGUACGUCAUGGAGUUAGUGCUUCAUAACUGCAGAGAUGUUUGUGUUGUUGUGUUGUAUUAACUCUAAAUAAAACUGAUUUACAUUUUU